AUGCCUCCUGGAAGACAAAACCGUGCAAACAAACGUGAUGAUAACAAUGAUAAUAACAAUCCAGAACGUACCAUGGCCCAGAUUCUUCAGAUCUUGGCCCAACAGACUGCCAACCUGACUCAGCAGCAGGAAAGGCAGGCUAAUCCCCAGGUUACUUUCAAAAACUUUCAGUCUGUUAAUCCCCAAGAGUUUAAGGGUUCAGCGGACCCUAUUGAGGCUAGGGUAUGGUUGAAGGAAAUUGAAAAGGCAUUUGUGUUAGUCAAAGUGAGAGAUGAGCAGAAGACUGAGUUUGCUAGUUAUUAUCUGAAGGAGAAAGCCACCUAUUGGUGGAAGUCUGUAAGGGCAAUGGAAGAGACGGAGGAUGUUACAUGGGAUAGGUUUAAGGAGUUGUUUUUGGAGAAAUACUUUCCUCAAUUUCUUCAGGAUCGAAUGGAGUUACAGUUUUUAGAAUUGAAGUAG